UUUUUUCAAAACCUGUUACAAAUUAAAAGUUCCACAUGCGUUUUCCUUUCCUUUCUAGUAUUAUUAUCACAGUGCUACUGAUUAUAUAUGCCUGGAUAAAGCCAGCUGAACACAAGGUCAACAUUCGUUCUUGGGAUGAAGCCUAUACAAUGGCAAGGGCUUUGGUUGAUAAAAUGUCCCUCGAACAAAAGGUCAACAUUACUACUGGUAUCGGUUGGGAAAAAGGUCCUUGUCUCGGUAAUACUUAUGCUAUCAGUAACCCUGAUUUCCCUUCUCUUUGCUUACAAGAUGCUCCACUCGGUGUUCGAUUUGCCUAUAAUGUAACUUCUGGCGUUGCUGGCAUCAAUGCUGCUGCCUCAUUUGAUAGGAAUGCCAUCUAUGAACGUGGUGUCUAUAUGGGUCAAGAAUUUCGCGGAAAGGGUGCUCAUAUCCAAUUAGGCCCCGCAAUGAAUUUUAUGAGAUCCCCCGAAGGUGGCCGUGGUUGGGAAUCAGGUGGCGAAGAUCCAUUCUUGACAGGUGUUCUUACCGAACAAACUGUUUUGGGUAUCCAGAGUCAAGGCGUUAUUGCUACUGCUAAACAUUACAUCUUGAACGAGCAAGAGCUUCACAGAACGACUGGAUCAUCUGAAGCCGAUGAAAGGACUUUGCAUGAAAUAUACCUCUGGCCCUUCGCUCGUGCUAUUGAAGCAGGCGUUGGUUCUGUCAUGUGUAGCUACAACCAAAUCAAUGGGAUCUUUGCUUGUGAAAAUGACUAUCUCUUGAACACUGUCUUAAAGGGCGAACUUGGAUUCAAGGGCUUUGUGCAAUCAGAUUGGUCAGCCACUAUGUCUACUGUUGAUUCGGCAAAUCAUGGCCUUGAUAUGACUAUGCCUGGUGAUAUCACCAUGGGUUCUAGCGGCUCGUACUUUGGCAAAAACUUGACGGAUGCCGUUCGCGCCAAAAAAGUUCCAGAGUCUCGCGUGACAGAUAUGGCCACUCGUAUUGUCGCUGCUUGGUAUAAGCUUGGGCAAGACAAAGGGUUUCCUGAGACUACAUUAGAUUCCUUCCAUCUUGAUAAAGCACCCUAUGUCAAUGUUCAAUCAGAUCAUUACAAACUGGUCCGCACAAUGGGUGCAGCCUCUACUGUGCUUUUGAAAAAUAAUGGAAUCUUGCCAUUAAGCAAGUCCAUCAAGAAUGUUGCCUUUGUAGGAAGCGAUGCUGCGGUCAACCCAGAUGGCAUUAAUGCAUGUGACGAUCAUAGUUGCAACAAAGGUACUCUUGCUCAAGGCUGGGGGUCUGGUACUGCUUUCUUCCCAUAUCUCAUUGAUCCUAUCAGUGGCCUUAGAAACGCUUUGGGUGAAGAUGUCAAGUUUACAAAGUCUUUAGAUGACUGGAAUCUUGACGCUGCUGCUGCUGCUGCCAAGGUUGCUGAUGUUGCUUUUGUAUUUUCGAGUGCUGACUCAGGAGAAGAAUACAAGGUUGUGGAUGGCAAUGUUGGUGACCGUAACAAUCUCAGCUUAUGGAACAAUGGCGAUAACUUGAUCAAAGCUGUUGCUGAUGCAAACAAGAAUACUGUCGUCGUCAUUCACUCUGUGGGUCCUGUUCUAAUGCCUUGGAUUGACCAUCCCAAUAUUAAGGCUGUUGUUUGGCCUGGUCUUCCCGGACAAGAAUCUGGUAACUCUCUUGCUGAUGUUGUUACAGGCAAGGUCAAUCCUUCUGGUCGUCUCCCAUACACCAUUGCCAAGAAAGCCUCAGACUAUCCCAUCAAACCAGAUCCCGCUCAGAAUGUUGUUUACAAAGAAAAGCUUUUGAUGGGAUACAAAUGGUUUGAUGCUCAUAAUGUUACCCCUCUCUUCCCAUUCGGUCAUGGCUUGUCGUACACCAGCUUUACUUAUAGUGGCCUCACAGUCAAGGUCGAUGUAUUUGGAAAAUCUAUCAAAGUCUCUGUUACAGUAACAAUCAAGAACACGGGACAUCUUGAUGGUGCUGAAAUUCCUCAACUUUAUCUCAGUUUCCCUGAAAGCGCAAAUGAGCCGCCCAAGCUCCUUCGUGGUUUCGAAAAGGUGUUUAUUAAGGCAGACAAAGAGGAAGAGAUAAGAUUUGAAUUGACAUCAACUGAACUAAGUAUCUGGGAUACUGAUUCUAAGUCCUGGGUUGUUCCUUCUGGUAAAUUCACUGCUCAUGUUGGUGCAUCAAGCCGUGACAUCAGACAGUCUGCAGAUUUUGUUUUGUUGCCUGGAGUCCAAAAACACACAAAAGGACCAGUUCUAGACAGACUUGUUCGUUCGAUUCUAAGUUUUUUCUUGUAAAUAUCGAUGACCUGGAAAAUAGGGGCUAUUUGUGUUUUUGAUCUGUGAAAAAGAUGAAAUUUUAUUUGCUGUGUAAAUAAAACGUUUAACAAUCUGGUAAAAUUAGUCCAUUGUGAUAUCGCCUUCAUGUACAGUCUUUUCAAAAGUAAAAUCACAUUUUUGCAGUUUUUACAGUACAGUUUAUACGAAAAAGCGACAAGUC